AACGAAAAGAAACAUUAGUCGCUGAUAAAAUCAUGCCCGUAAAUCUAUAGUUUCUCCGAGGAUUCGAUUCGAUUUCGAUGAAGGCUUCACGAGUCUUGGCGGCAGCGGCGGCGAGGGUUGGACCGGCGAUAAGGAAGCAAGUGUUAACCAUAACGGACGAAGCAGCCUCUAGGGUUCAUCAUCUCUUGCUUCAGAGGCAAAAACCUUUCCUCCGUUUGGGCGUUAAAGCAAGAGGCUGCAACGGUUUAUCAUACACUCUCAAUUACGCAGAUGAGAAAGGAAAAUUUGAUGAGCUGGUGGAAGAGAAAGGUGUGAGGAUCCUUGUGGAACCAAAGGCCUUAAUGCAUGUGAUUGGAACAAAGAUGGAUUUCAUAGAUGAUAAGCUAAGAUCAGAGUUUGUGUUCAUAAAUCCAAACUCGCAAGGUCAAUGUGGGUGUGGUGAAUCGUUCAUGACAACAUCUACUUCCUCGAGUGCUAAACAGAGUGGAUAGUGUUGCUGCACUAUCCUAGACUAUUACAUUUGUUACUAUAUAAUCAGUGUCGUUGACAAACAUGGGAAACAAGUCGGUUCGUUGCUUAUAGUUACUCUUGCAGGCAUUAUUGCGGGUACUUGUGAUUUGUGGAGAACAAUUCAUGUAUUCUUUAGAACACAAAGUUAUAAUAAAAAUGUUGGAUUAUGUAAAUUACUUAUUAGAAUCAGGUACUUCCUUUUCUAAGUGUGUUCCAGUAAUUCUGAUCUUGUUAUCUAUUCUUCGAGGCAAUCUCGGCCACAAUUAAAGACCGUCCAUCUGGUGUUAUCACCGCUUAUGAUUGGACAGUGGUGGUGAGCAAAGCUCAUGGAAUGAAGUUUACACAGAUUUUGGUUGAGGUUACUUUUUAACAUUCAGACAAAAACGUAACUAAACAUAGGGAAUUGAUAUUGUAAUAUGUUUUGGAAGCAGUGUGGAUAGCUUCUUGGUUUUUGCGAUGUAUGAUGAUGAUAUGGUGUGGUUUGUGGAAU